AAAUUUGUCCGUCAUCCAAGCUCUUUUUCUUUUGUCGUCGUCAGUCAUGGAAGCUCCAAACCCUAACAAGCGACUUCGCCGAGGUCCUCCUUCUUCCUCAGCUCCAAGUUCCCUCACCGAUUUCAACCAGAACCACGUCGAUCAGAUCAUCUCCUCCUUCCUCUCGUUACCUGACUUGCCUUCGUUAUCCUCGUCGCGAUCCAUCAGCAGCUCCUUCGAUCGAGCGAUUGAGAAACUACUGGAAUCUUCCGCUGACGAAUCCACUCAGGAUCGUAUCAACGAUCGCGGACUCCGACUCGCCUCGCUUCUUCACGAGUCUUCGAAAAGGUGCGCGCGGAAACUCGCCAAUACUCGCAAUGCCAGUUCCUGGGCCCUCCCUCAUGACCUCACCAUCACUGUCUUUUCGAUGCUUGAUGCUAAGUCUCUGAUGCGAGCUUCGGCUUGUUGCAUCAUGUUUAAAAAAUGCGCCAUGGACCCUUUAUGUUACUCUCACAUAGACUUGACAACUGGGAAUGCUGGAACUCGAAUCGUGCGUAAUAUGAUCCUUACUGCUGGAAAGGAACUCAGAUCCCUAAAAGUUGGUUGCCCUGGUGAAUCUUCAAAAGCUGUGCUUUCAGGAUCUUGCCUUACCCCACUAUUCCACAAUCGUGGUUGUAUUGGGAAACUCUUGAGAAGCCUACACCUUUACGAUAACAAAUGGUUGGACAAAAAUUUCUUACUCCGUGCCUUGUCUGUCUGUUCAAAUCUAACCGAUCUGAAGAUUGUUGGACUGCAUUUUAUGUCAUUAGAUAAAGUGUUGGGCUUGCUUACAAACAAAUGUGAGCAUCUGUUCUUAGAGAAACAGAUCGGAUAUUCUGGUAGAUUGAGCUUUAACCUUGAUACGCCCUUUGAGAGAAACUGCCCCUAUUUAACUUCACUAUCACUUAUAGGUUUCGAUCUAGGUGACAUGAAAACUUACCAUCUUUUUAAGGGUUUGGCUAAACUCAAGUAUCUCAACAUAUCCAGAACAUAUAGUAUCACUGGUCGCUUUUUGAGGCAUUUCGGCAAUGACUUCAGAGGCUCACUGCUAGAGACUCUAAUAUUGCGAGAUUGCGAUUCUCUAGAGAAGAAAACGGUUUGCAAUUUUUUGGAUUCGUUACUCAUGUCCAAAACAAACUUCAGAUUCAUUCGACACAUUGACGUUUCAAAUGACCACGGUUUAAUUAAUGAAGGCAGGAGAUGUAGCAAACCAAAGUUUCCUCUCGAAGAGCUGAGAGAAGAAAGACCAGUUCUCACAUUUGUGGCAUAUUUUAGGUCACCAUCACUUUCGUUAUCUUCUUCAUCUUCGACAUCUUCUUUUUCAUCUUCUACAACGUUGUCGCCAUCAUCAUCAUCAUCAUCAUCCAGUGAAAGUGAGGACGACUAAUUGGCUAUUACUCUUGAUUCGUGACUUGUGAUAAUGGUCUCUUCUCUUCUCUUUCUUUUUUCUUCGUUUUGUAGAAGAUAAUAGUGGCCUAGUAGGCAUAGUAUGUUUCUGUUCUCUUUUUAUUUAUUUUGGAUCAUGCACUGAAUGAUAUGCAUAUUCUAGUAUGAACCCGUUAAAAAAAAAAUUCAAUGAACUUCAAAACUCAAGUAA